AUGUCAUUCACCAACAAGCUAGACCCGAGUUCAGCUGCAUUCAUUCCAAAUUCCAACAACCAGUCUGAAACUAUCGAGGCAGAUUACAUGAAUUUCCUUGGCAUGGACUUCACGUCUAGCUUCCCCGAACUGGCAAUGAAUAUCGAGCCAUGCAUCUCAGACCCGCAUCCUCACAAACAAGAGCCCUUUCCUUCUGAGCAAUUCACGAGUCAACGACAGCAAGGCUCCUCGGUAUUUGGUGUCCCUGCAAUUACACUCGAAAAGGUUCAGAUGGAUAUGUACGCCGCAUUCACGUCUUUCAUGCAACUCCAGAACGAGUAUCAGACUAAAUUGCAACAUGUAGAGAGAGAGCUUGCAAGGAACGUCCAGGAAGCCCACGACUUACGUCAAGAUGUGGAUGUACUGUCGAACUGGGCCAAGGCGGUGCUUAAUCAUUUCGGACAUGAAGGAACUACAAAGGAGACCGAGGCUGUGUCCAAAGAUCAGAAUUCUGUGGUCUGA